CCGUUUCCGGGACUGGGACUACGAAUCCCGGCAGGCCCCGCGUGGCGCGGGUCUUCCGGUCUGGCGUCUGACGUCUUCCCAGCCACUGGAUCGGAAGUUCUGGGCCUCUGUUGAGUGAAAUGGGCAACGGCGGGCGCGGCGGGCUGCGCCCGGGGAAGGGGAAGGCAGAUGAUGGAGUGGCAGCGACUCCUACCGCUGUCUCGGACUCCUGCCAGUACAGGUGCAUCGAAUGCAACCAGGAGGCCAAAGAGUUGUACCGAGACUAUAACCACGGUGUGCUGAAGAUAACUAUAUGCAAAUCCUGCCAGAAACCUGUAGACAAAUAUAUCGAGUAUGACCCUGUUAUCAUCUUGAUUAAUGCUAUUUUAUGCAAAGCCCAGGCCUACAGACAUAUUCUUUACAAUACUAAAAUAAAUAUCCAUGGAAAACUCUGCAUGUUUUGUUUGCUUUGUGAAGCAUACCUGAGGUGGUGGCAGCUUCAAGAUUCCAACCAGAACACUGCCCCUGAUGACUUGAUCAGAUAUGCCAAGGAGUGGGAUUUCUAUAGAAUGUUUGCCAUCGCUUCUUUAGAACAAGCUGCCUUUUUUAUUGGCAUUUUUACUUUCCUGUGGGCAGAACAGCCCCUGACGUCGAAAAAAAAGCCCAACUUCAUUUUGCUGCUGAAAGCAUUGUUAUUGUCUAGUUACGGAAAGCUCUUGCUGAUUCCAGCCGUCAUUUGGGAACACGACUACACACCGCUGUGCCUCAAACUCAUUAAAGUAUUUGUCCUCACAUCAAAUUUUCAGGCUAUUAGAGUGACCCUAAACAUCAACCGAAAGCUCUCCUUGUUGGCCAUCCUGAGUGGCUUCCUGCUAGAAAGCACCAUGGUCUACAUCUUCCAGAGGAUGGAAUGGGACGUCGGAAGUGACUGUGCCAUCUACAAAUCUCAGGACUUCUGAGGAGUUUGAUUCUUUACUGUCUGUGGCAUGACCAGCUGCACCUGAAAAAGAGAAGACAUGAGAUAUAAACCAGGCUCCUCAUUUCUGAUGAAUAAAAUGAAGCCAAGAUUUGGAAAUCCUUCCUGAAAAAAAAGCAAUGAUGGUAGCAGUGGACACCCAAACCCACUCACCUAUUCACACACACACAUCCAAGAAACAUCUAAACCAUUUACAUAGAGGUACACACAGACACACACGGAAACACUCAUACAGACACAAGGAAUGUGGUUACAGGGACUGAUGAAUGUACCAGGUGAAAAUUUAUGUUAUAGUCAAUGCAGGUAAGCAUUUCUAAUUCACAUGCAAUAAGAGAUCUAGGUUUCACUCCUUGGACAUGUUUAAUAUCUUUGUCAUUUAAAUGUUUUUACUGGCUUAAAAUAAUAGUAUUUUGUGUCCUUACAACAAUAGAAGCACUUUUCUCUUAAUAAAGUCUUUCAGAAUAAACUGGGUUUUUGUAAAUUUUCAUUUCAGUAACAAAGUUACUUUUUAAAAUUGGCUGAUCCAAAACUAAACAAGAUACUGAAAACCACUGAAUUGUACACUUUAUAAGGGUGAAUUAUAUCUCAAUAAAGCUGUUAUU